GGCUGCGGCGCAUGAGCUUGCUCGAGCGUGUAGGUUCGGCUGUGUCUGUCGGUCAACCCGCCGUCACUCACGCGGGAGCCGCGUGCAGCGUGACGCGCUGUUGCUUCACGGGACAAGUUGGUUUCGCUUGGCUGUUGCUAGGUUGUGCACUGGGUACGUUAGCUAGCCCGAUAGCUUCACUGCUUAGCACAGGACAGCUAGCGGCACGAAUAACGUCGCCAUCUGACCCUGUCAACGGUGGACCUCCGGUGGACCUCCUGGGGACCUCCGGUGGACCUCAGGUGGACGGCCGACCUCAGGUGGACCUCCGGUGGAUGAGCGGCUUGGCUGGUUCCGGUAACCAGCAAGUCACAUGUGUGGGCCAGGCGUGAGCUUGAUUUUCGGCCAUGUGGACUUAUGGGUGACUGCGGAGUGUAACGUUCCUAGGCGAGUUAGCUUAGCGUUAACGCUAGCUGCCCCACUGCACCAAGCUGAGUAAACCGCAAGUCCAAACCAACAAACAAUGUCUGAUCAGCUGACUGUGGAACAGAAGCGACAAAUUGAAGACAACCGGCAGAAGGCUUUAGAGAGGAGAGCCCAAAGACUUGGCCAGCAAACAACCACAAACCAGCAAACAUCGGCGGGCUACAACAGACAUUUCAGUAGGCAGCAGAAUGUACCGGUGACGCCCAGUGUCCCGGGUCAUCAAGCAGGGCCAGCUUCCACUUCUGCUUCUCGACCAGGUCCUUUUCUUCCACCUUUCAAAGCAGUCUUACAGAACCAAGGCACACAUUCUGCGCAGUCGUUCUCAGAAAGUGCUCAGACAGUUCUCCAUAACGCUGCUCCUUCAAGACAGGUGCAGAUAACACACCCUGUUCAUCAGUCAAAGGGUCAACAUUUGAAUAGUGCUGGCUUGUCUGGCAGGGAUAGCUUUGGAGUUAAACCUAUAGAGCAAAAGUCUACUAUUCCCUCUACUACCUCCACUGGUGCAGUUAACCUGUUCUACAAACAAGGCAGUGAGCGUGUCCAUAGUUCAAACUCCUCAAGAGUAAAUGCUGCACCAACAAAGAAGCCCACCAUCUCUGUGAGAGGGAAGUGUGUGUCUCACACAGAGGAUCGCUUCAGAGUAGAGGUGGGCUACCAUAAAGAGCUUAUUGCUGUUUUUAAAGCAAUACCUUCUAAGAGCUAUGAUCCUGCGACAAAGAUGUGGAAUUUCAGUCUUGGGGACUAUCAACAGCUUAUGGAGGAAGCUGGCACUCUUUCCAGUGUGUCCCUGAAGCCUCUUGAGGGUAUGGAGGCAAUGGAUGUGACUGGAGCAUCUAGUCGUGCUCGUGAUGGUGCAGCAAUUGGAGCACUGCUGAAGCUCUGUAAUAGUUGGCAGAAACCCAAAGCCACUCUUCAGGGUCAAUGCCUUCUGGUGUCUCAGUCAAAAUUUGAGGUUGACAUCGGUUACCAUGUUGACGUCGUUGCUGCUUUCAAGCAAAUGCCAAGCAAAAGCUAUGACAUGAAAACAAGGAAGUGGAGUUUCUUGCUGAAAGAUUACAAAGGACUUAUGGAUGUCCUCAGUGGGAAAGCAGACGUGGAGGUGGAGCCUCUACCCAGGGCAGUGAUCCAGACUUUCUCAGCCAGGUUUGAUGGGACUCAGGUCAGGUUGUUAGAGGUCCCUGAGGCAGACCUUUCCUGCAUCGACCCCUCACUCACCGGUGGCCUUAUGCCCUUCCAGAGGGAGGGAGUCAAUGUUGCAGUUUCUAAAGAAGGCCGGCUCCUGCUGGCUGAUGACAUGGGCCUGGGGAAAACAGUGCAGGCCAUCUGUAUUGCAGCCUACUACAGGAAAGAGUGGCCUUUACUCGUGGUGUCACCCUCCUCUGUACGAUUCACCUGGGCUGAGGCUUUCAGACGCUGGCUUCCCUCAGUGUGUCCGGACAGCAUCAACGUGGUGGUGAAGGCCAAAGACAGCCUGCGCUCCGGUUUGGUUAACAUCAUCAGCUACGACCUCCUCAGCAGGAUGGACAAACAGCAAUUAGCCAACUUUAAUGUCCUCAUCAUGGAUGAGUCCCACUUCCUUAAGAACAUGAAGACCGCACGAUGGAAAGCUGCUUUGCCCCUGCUAAAGGCAGCAAAGAGGGUGAUCCUUCUGUCUGGGACCCCUGCCAUGUCCAGACCCUCAGAGCUCUACACCCAGAUCUUUGCUGUCAGACCCACCCUCUUCCCACAAUUCCAUGAGUUUGGGAUGCGUUACUGCAAUGCCAAACAGCUGACCUGGGGCUGGGACUACUCUGGGUCGUCUAACCUCGGGGAGCUGAAGCUGCUGCUGGAGGAAUGCCUGAUGCUGCGUCGCCUCAAGUCCGAUGUCCUCUCCCAGCUGCCUGCCAAACAGCGCAAGGUUGUCAUGGUGACCAUAGAUGGAGUCAACACCCGGCUCAAAGCUGCCCUCUCAGCUGCAGCUAAGGAGCUGGCCAAGGGACAGCCCAACAAGAUGAAAGAGAAAGAGGCCCUGCUCAUCUUCUAUAGCCACACGGCUGAGGCCAAGCUGCAAGUCAUUAUGCAGUAUAUCAUGGACAUAUUGGAAUGUGGAAGGGAGAAGUUUCUGGUUUUUGCCCAUCACAAACUGGUUUUGGACCACAUCACUGAAGAACUUGGAAAGAAGAAUAUCAGUUAUAUCCGUAUUGAUGGCUCCACUCCAUCAGCGGAGCGCCAGCAGUUGUGUGAGAAGUUUCAGCACUCGACUAAGAGCUGCGUGGCAGUGCUGUCCAUCACUGCCGCCAACAUGGGUGUUACUCUGCACGCUGCUGACCUGGUCGUCUUCGCAGAACUCUUCUGGAACCCAGGGGUUCUCAUUCAGGCAGAGGAUAGGGUGCACCGCAUUGGGCAGACCGGCAAUGUAAACAUUCACUACCUGGUGGCCAAAGGGACUGCUGAUGAUUACCUCUGGCCCAUGAUCCAGGCAAAAAUGAACGUCUUGGAGCAGGUUGGCCUUUCUGAGUCAAACCUCUCUGAAAAUGCACUGAAUUCAACCUUCCACUCGAAGGACCCUCUGCAGAGUACCAUCACAGAGAUGUUCCAGAGGACUUUCACAGCAGAUCAUGACAUGGAUGAGGCAGUCUUAUUGGAUGCUCUGGAUGACUGGGAAGAAGAUGACCUGGGACACGCUUACGGACAGCAUGAUGACAUAGUCACAGAGAGCCCUCACAAAAAGAGAUGCAUCAAAGACUGUUUCACUACGUGACCUGGGAAGCAUCUGUUCUGCUUUUGAAAAAAUUCUAUAAAGGACGUGCCUGUGAAGAUAACAUCUAGAGGUUGGUUGUCUCCAGAGUUAUCAUCAGAAUUUGUUCAGGACUCUGCAGAGUACCAUCACAGAGAUGUUCCAGAGGACUUUCACAGCAGAUGAUGACAUGGAUCAUCUACAGUAAGGUUGCAUGCGGUCAUGUCUCAAGUACUGAGCAAGUUAGGAAGUUACAUGUUUUGAAAAAUUUUUUUACAUUUUGAUCAGACUGCAAUUUUCAAAGGUUUACACAGAUCCUUCUUAAAAUUUGUGGGUUAUAUAAAUUAAAGUUCAUCAAA